CACCAUGCCGGAAGUUGAGAGAAAACCCAAGAUCACCGCCUCCCGCAAACUCCUGCUGAAGAGCCUGAUGCUGGCCAAGGCCAAGGAAUGCUGGGAGCAGGAGAACGAGGAGCGCGAGGCUGAGAAAUCGCGCUACCUGGCCGAGCGCAUCCCCACGCUGCAGACGCGCGGGCUGUCCCUCAGCGCCCUGCAGGACCUGUGCCGGGAGCUGCACGCCAAGGUGGAGGUGGUGGACGAGGAGCGAUACGACAUCGAGGCCAAAUGCCUGCACAACACCAGGGAGAUUAAGGACCUGAAGCUGAAGGUCAUGGACCUCCGUGGGAAGUUCAAGCGCCCGCCCCUGCGCCGGGUCCGCGUCUCGGCGGACGCCAUGCUCCGGGCCCUGCUGGGCUCCAAGCACAAGGUGUCCAUGGAUCUGAGGGCCAACCUCAAGUCUGUGAAGAAGGAAGACACGGAGAAGGAGCGGCCCGUGGAGGUGGGCGACUGGAGGAAGAACGUGGAGGCCAUGUCCGGGAUGGAAGGCCGGAAGAAGAUGUUUGAUGCCGCCAAGUCUCCCACCUCACAGUAGAGGCAAGCUUGCUGCACUGCGCCCUGGGCUCCCACUCCGUGCUUUCCCCUCCAGCCCGGCUCGCCCACCUCCCUGCGCCCCGUCCAGGUCCGGAGCCGCCCUCCCCACCCCACCUCUGCCCUCCAGCCUGCUCAGCCUCCUCUGGAGCUAGGAUCCAACAGGCGCGCGAGAGACGAGAGACGCAGUGUCUGAAGCCCUCCCCCAGCAGGGUGGGAUUCCCGCCACCCUGUGCUGUAGCAAGCCGAGGAAGAAGAGGCGGUGAGGGCAUCCUCCCUCCAGCCCCUGCCACGGCCCUUCACUGCCUCCAUGCCAGGUAGAGUGUCCACAGGCAUGGCCACUGCUCCAUUAAAAUCCCAGCGUCCCGGUCAUUUCUGCA